AUGAACUCGCUGAUUCUGCGUCUAUGCAACCUGCGACUACUGACCGUCUCUGUGCCUGUGCUGCGAAUCGGACGCUCGUCGAUGUUCCCACUAUAUUUCAGUUUGCACAACUCCAGAAGGUAUUUUGGCGGCGGAACAGAGAAAAAUGCCCCUGAUUUGGGCAAAGACAAGUUGGGCGUCAAGUCUUGCACCGUGCUUAAAAGUAGGACCGUCCCGGAGUACGUGGGGCUGCCCCAUCUGAAGCUCCACAAUGUGAUCUGGAGAAACACAUUGCAGAACAUCUAUGUGGUGAAGAAGCCCUGGAACCCCAAGGCGACGCAGGCGUUGUUGGAGUUUGUCAAAUAUAUUCACACAGACUAUCCGGGGCUCAAUGUGAUGGUUUCGGCAGAGGUGGCAGAGGAGUUGCAGAGUAGCGAAGACGUCAGGGAUAAGUUGACGGUGUACACGGGAACAGCAAACGAAAUCGUCCAGAAGACGGACUUGAUCGUCACCUUGGGAGGCGACGGCACCACGUUGCGCGCCGUGUCGGCAUUUCUGAAUGGGUUUGUGCCUCCGGUACUCUCUUUUGCCAUGGGAACGCUUGGCUUUUUGCUUCCGUUCGACUUUGCGGGGUUCAAAGAAACUUUCCAGUCUGUUUUCCAGUCGCGGAGCAAGGCCCUUCACCGUAAGAGGCUUGAGUGCCAUGUAGUGAGAAACGCCCAAGACAACGAACAACUCGAGCAAGAAGGCGAAGGUGGAAACAAUAUGGUGUUCGCCAUGAACGACAUAUCCUUGCAUCGUGGUUCUCAUCCCAAUUUGAUCCAACUUGACAUAUUUAUUGACAGCGAGUUCCUCACCACCACCACGGCAGAUGGUGUCGUGUUCGCGUCUCCUACGGGGUCCACUGCCUACUCGCUUUCUGCGGGAGGCUCCAUUGUACAUCCAUUGGUUCCAUGCAUCAUUCUAACGCCUGUUUGUCCGAGGUCUUUAUCGUUCCGGCCCCUUGUUCUUCCCUCCACCUCGCACAUCAUGGUGAAGCUUUCUGAGGGUAAUAGAAACCAGGUGAUCAAAAUGAAUAUUGAUGGUAUUCCCCAAUCGGAUUUGAGGCCCGGAGAUGAAAUUCACGUUGUCAAUGAAAACGGCACCAUCUACAUUCCUGGAUCGCACAAGCCUCCGCAGACGCUUGAGUCCAGACAGGGUUUCGACGAGUACAUUGAGCCCGGCUCCAAUUACAAUACAUCUGAUGCCAUGGCCGGAACACCCAAGGGAAUUUUUUGCAUAGCCAAGACGGAGAACGACUGGACCAAGGGUAUCAACGAACUAUUAGGGUUCAACAGUUCGUUCGGCGCCAUGAAGAGUCUCAAACAAGCCAAAAAGCAAUGA